AUGGACAGAUGGCGGCUGCGAAUGGUCCGGGGUGGGAUGCACAGUCAUGUGUUGUGCUCCUGGCUUGUGCCUUGGGUUCAGUCUCAUAUUCUUUCGAGACGUCCAUUGCAAAUCAAACGGAAAUGGUGGCCGGAUCAACACCCACGUCUGCUUCGGCAGGGUGAGUCGUGCUAUGCUUUGGCUUGUCGGAGGUUGGGUUUGUUGAAACAUACCAUUCUUGGGGCGCAGUGUUAUUUUUACUCUGCUGUGUAUCUCAUGUACACUUUUGCUCCUUUACAGGCCUGGAAUCACUUCUGUCAGGCAUCGACUUUCUACCAGCUCAGUUUCAGAACGUUAUCCAAGGUGUCUGAGACCCCCCGUCUAGACGGACUGAGCCUGACGCAUCGGAGACUGGAGCAGAGUCUCUACUGGUCUUGUUUCAAGUCGGAGUGUGAGAUCAGAUUACCACAGUCGGGGAUAGCGAGUAUAGAGUACCCUCAUCUGUUCCCCUCGCCUCAGUCUCAUUCGAGGAAUUUCUCGGGAAGGACACUACACGGCAGUGAGAUGCUGUCAGACCCUGGGUUGAUGCAGGACAGCGAUAAAGACCUAAACGAGGAAAAGAGCUGGUAUUACUACCUCACCGAAGUCGCAUUGAGGAGGAUCAGCAACAGGAUACUACGCACAUUUUAUCGCCAAGACCACACGGAUUGGAAGAACAUCCUGCCGUUGAUCCCUAUAGCCAAAGAAUUCGAGUCGCAGAUUCUGGUCUGGUCGGCUAAUUUUCCACGGGCAAUGCAAUACGAUGUCAAUUUGACAGAGGGAGGGCCUUCCAGAGAACUGAGCUGGGCAACUGGGAAUCGAUUAUUGGAAAUGAGAUCCUGGCUUUACCAGCCGUUCCUCUACCAUGCCAUACACGCCGAUACGCAAACGGAUCACGUUCGAGAGAAUCCAGUCCUUCAGUCAUUGGCUGAGGCGGCGAUGGACUGUCACCUCGAAACUGUCCAGAAGCGGUGUUUCAGGCACCGACACCAUGGGAUCUGGUUCGAUAUCCGCGCCGUCGUGACGGCGGCCUUUAGCGUCAUUGCGGCGGCUAAGAGCGGCAAGGUGACGGUUCGGGAGGAGUGGGCGGAUCAUAUCCCGACUGUCAUAGGGACCUUGGCAUUUUGGGAGGAUGAGUCCCCGGAUCUAGUGAGGACACGACAGGUUCUGGAAAGGUUGUUUGUGGAAGUUGGGUAUUUCAAUACGCCGUAA